AUGGCCACGUUAGAAGGCAAGUCGCUGGGCCAUGUGCUGGUCACGGGAGGCUCGGGCUUCCUCGGCAACCACAUCGUCGCCCUGCUCGCAUCACGCAAGGCCUGCUCCAAACUGAGCGUGCUCGACCUCAAGCAGCCCCUCAAGCCUGUCAGCGGCGUCGACUACCACAUGGGCGACUUCACCGACUACGACGCCAUCCUCGCCCUCCUGCAAAAGCUCAAGCCCGACGCCGUCGUCCACACCGCCAGCCCCGUCCACAACAUCCCGAGCAAGAAAGUGCUGUACACGGUCAACGUGGAGGGAAGCAAGAACCUGAUCCGCGCGAGUCAAGAGGCGAAGGUCAAGGCGUUUGUCUUCACAUCCUCCGCCAGCGUCAUCCACGACCUCCGCUCGAACCUGAUCAUGGCCGAUGAGACAUACCCUCUCAUCAUGGGUAAGCAGCAACCCGUAUACUACACCGCCACCAAGGCUAUGGCCGAGCAACACGUCCUGGCGUCCAACCGCACUGCCGCGCAUCCCAAGUUCCUGACCGCCGCCAUCCGACCGAGUGCCAUGUUCGGCGAGGGUGAUGUGCAAUUACUUCCCGGGGCAAUAGGCGCAUACUACCGCGGCCAGACCAAAGUCCAACUCGGGCCCAACGAUAAUUUGUUCGACUUUACGGAAAUCACCAACGUCGCCCAUGCCCACCACCUCUGCCUUGCUGCGUUACUGGCUACACGGGAGCGAGAAGACGGGGGCGGUGCGAUGCCAUUGGAUCACGAGAAAGUGGAUGGGGAAGCCUUUUUCAUCACCAACGACUGCCCGGUGUACUUCUGGGACUUUAUGCGCUCGGUGUGGGCGACGGCGGGGGAUAAGACGGAUAUCAACAAGGUGUGGUGGCUGUCAACGGACCUGGGCUUGUUCAUUGCCACGUUGAUGGAGUGGAUCUUUUGGAUCUUGCGCCUCGGCACGCCCAAGCUCACACGGCAGCAGGUGCAGUAUUCCACCAUUGCCAGAUACUUCAACAUUGAGAAGGCGAAGACGAGGCUGGGCUAUGAGCCAAUCUGCGGCAUGGACGAGGGCAUUCGGAGAGGCGUGAAGGAUGCUCUGUACCGUGGAGUCGUACCUGGACAGCCGAUGGAGCUGAAGGGGAAGAAGUGGGAGUGA